ACAACCGCCUAAACCCUGACGUUUCUCUCUCUGUUUGUCUGUCGUUCCCUUUUUUCAGGUUGUCUCUCUCUGCAAUCUAUGCAAGCUUCCAUGGCUUAGCACCUUAUCUCCUUAUAUCCUUAUCUCAUCCACUUUGUAUAUACAUAUACAUAUAUGUACAUUUAUCGAUUCUCUCAUGUGCAUACACAUAUCUGUGUAGACACCGAUCGAUAAUGGAGCAGAGCUUCUUCGAUUUGAUCUACUUUCUACACUGCCCAGGCCUCGCCGAGACAUUUCUCGACGUUUUGCUCUCCUCAGUUCCGAUUUGGCUCGCUGUCAUGAUCGGCCUUGUCAUCGGCUGGUCCUGGCGCCCUAGGUGGACCGGUCUGCUCUAUCUCGGUCUCCGCUCCAAGCUCCGGUUCGCCUGGACCGCGCCGCCGGGGUUCGGGGCUCGGAGGUUCUGGCUCGCCUUCACGGCAUUUUCGGUUGGUCGGAGACUUUGGUCCAGGUUCAUUUGGAAGGGAAAGGACGGUUCUCCGGCUGCGGCGGCGGCGGCGGCGCAGGUGGUCGGAAGUGGCGGUGACGUCAGCAGGCCCAGCAGAGGAACCUCACAGGUAGCGAAUGUUGUGGUAGAGAAGGAUCUAGAACACCUAUUGCAACUUAUUGAAAACAAGGGUGGGAAAAUGGAGUGGCAGAGUAUGAUGGGACGCUCCACCUCAAACUUGACAUACCAAGCUUGGCGCCAUGAUCUUGAGACGGGGCCCACAGUGUACCAUAGCAGAACCGUUUUUGAGGAUGCAACUCCGGAGAUGGUUAGAGAUUUUUUCUGGGAUGAUGAGUUUCGCACUAAAUGGGACACCAUGCUUGCAUAUUUCAAAAUAUUGAAGGAAUGUUCUCAUACAGGGACAAUGAUUGUGCAAUGGAUAAAAAAGUUCCCCUUUUUCUGCAGUGAUCGCGAAUAUAUCAUUGGUCGAAGAAUAUGGGAAGCUGGAAAUACAUAUUAUUGUGUGACAAAGGGGGUGCCAUAUCCAGCUUUACAGAGGCACGAAAAGCCUAGGCGUGUGGAUCUUUAUUUUUCAAGCUGGGUUAUCAAGCCUGUGCAUUCCCGCAAAGGAGAUGAACAGUUGUCUGCGUGCGAGGUGAAUCUUGUACACUAUGAAGACAUGGGAAUCCCUAAGGAUGUCGCGAAAUUGGGAGUCCGUCACGGGAUGUGGGGAACUGUAAAGAAGUUGCACUCUGGCUUUAGAGCAUAUCAGCAGGCAAGGAAAUCCGAGGCACCUCUGUCCAGAAGUUCACUGAUGGCAAGCAUUGCCAUGAAGAUUUCAUCUGAAGAGAAUACCAAUUCUUUGGAAAUAGUGUCUAGCGAAGAAGAAGAACAAGAAGAAGAGAAAGGACAAGCCAUGGAUAUUCAGAGACCUGGCAGUGAUCAUGGUGGCGUUGAUUGGAAAUGGGUAGUUAUAGGUGGUACUGUGGCUCUGGUUUGUGGACUUCAUACUGGCGUGAUAGGAAAAGCCUUGUUACUUGGGGCUGGCCAAAGAGUCGCCCGGAAGUGAGAGACAAUCCAGCUGAGGAGUAAUAGCUUUUCUUUUUCUUCUUUUAACUA